AUGGCAAAUGCACAUAUUAAUAUAUUUUUUGUUUUAUGCAAAGUUCGUUAUUCUGCACAGAGGAAAUUACGGGAGUCUGGAAAGGUUAUCAUGACAUUUGUGGAAAUCAAAUUGUACGAUUUAUAUAGGGCCGGUGAAAUCGGAAUAGGAUUUGAUAGGUAUAGCAGUUCACCUGUAGCGUUAAGCGUCUGGCCUAAAACAGGAAGAAGUCAUAACAAUGGAUUUAACUCAAAUUACCUUAAUGCAUUGCUAAUUGCACCCUUAUUUAAUAGCGGCUACAUACCAAAGUUAAAAGCGUUGGACCGUUUCUCAAUUUUACAGCAGAUAGUAAAGAAGGACAUGAACAAGGGGAAAACAAAUUGUGCUAGAAUGUUUUUUACACUAUUGAGAGGACUUUUAAAAUUCACAACCCUUUUUCUUGUCACUCUUACUUCCUUCGUGUGUAAGAACCUUCCAUUGGGAACUGCAUUAGUUCACACUUGCUCAGAUAUAAAGGAAAUAUUAAUUAUCUCUUGUCUAACUGGUUUAGGACUUAUACAAACAGUUGAACUGACAUGUCUGUUUGAAUGGCCUAAUAAACGGCUUCUUUUAAUUAAAAAAACCUAUUUAAUUCUUAGACUUACUCAUUUUGCCUUGUUUGGAUCAAAAUUUUAUGCCGUUGGCCAUAAAGCAGUAAUUGUUGGCACCGGUAUUGCAGUACGUACAAAAGGCAUCUGCCGGUGUAUGCAUUUUGCUAACAGUUUAAAAGAAGCCUACCUCAGAGUAUUUAAACCACCUGGAACUUUAAAAGGUUUUAUAUCUGUAUUUACCUUAGGUGCUGAAAAACGUCAUUUAAAUCAAACUAUACGGAUAACAAAAUAUUAUAGCUGCACGUACAACUUCCCUAUGGGAAAUCUACAUUUUGAAUUUAUUCAUAUUUUGUUACCAUUUGUUGUUAAUACAUUUUGA